UCCAUUUCAAUAAUAAUAAUAUUUGGAUGUACUUAAUUUUCAUUUAUUUUUCUUUGAUGCUCUUUAAUCUAGUGACGUCACAUCAGGGCGACACUCAUCUUUGUCAGUGAACAAAAUGGCGUCUUACUGUUUGACUGUCACAAGACUGCGGCUGGCCCUUGGAACCGGAGCGCGGCGAUUUCAUGUCAGUGCAGUCUUCAGUGCCAAGGCCAAGGUGGCCAUGAGCCGCUUUGAGCCCAGCUCCAGCGUCAACUACGAGAAGCUGCACGACAACAUCAGCGUUGUACGUAGGAGGCUCAACAGACCUCUCACUCUUUCAGAGAAGAUCGUCUACGGCCACCUGGAUGACCCAGCAGGGCAGGAGAUCGACCGCGGCCGCACCUACCUGCGCCUCAGACCAGACCGCGUGGCCAUGCAGGACGCCACAGCGCAGAUGGCCAUGCUCCAGUUCAUCAGCAGCGGUCUGCCCAGAGUGGCGGUUCCCUCCACCAUCCACUGCGAUCACCUGAUUGAAGCUCAGAUCGGAGGGGCUCAGGACCUGCAGAGGGCAAAGGAGGUCAACCAUGAAGUUUACAACUUUCUUGCAACUGCUGCAGCGAAAUAUGGAGUGGGCUUCUGGAAACCAGGCUCAGGGAUCAUCCAUCAGAUCAUCCUGGAGAACUACGCUUAUCCGGGUGUGAUGCUGAUUGGUACAGACUCCCACACUCCUAAUGGUGGCGGCCUGGGGAGCAUCUGUAUUGGAGUGGGUGGAGCAGAUGCUGUGGAUGUCAUGGCUGGAAUCCCGUGGGAACUCAAGUGUCCCAAAGUGAUUGGGGUGAGGCUGACUGGAACCCUGUCUGGCUGGACCUCUCCCAAAGAUGUCAUCCUGAAGGUGGCUGGCAUCCUGACUGUGAAGGGUGGCACUGGAGCCAUCGUGGAGUAUUUUGGGCCCGGAGUUGAUUCCAUCUCAUGCACUGGAAUGGCCACUAUCUGUAACAUGGGUGCUGAGAUCGGAGCCACCACUUCUGUUUUUCCCUACAACCACCGCAUGAGGACAUACCUGGAGAAAACCGGCCGUGGAGAGAUCGCUUCUGUGGCUGAUCAGUUCAAAGACGACUUGGUCCCAGAUAAGGACUGUGAAUAUGACCAGACCAUAGACAUCAACCUGAGUGAGCUGAAGCCCCACAUCAACGGCCCGUUCACCCCCGACCUGGCCCACCCUGUGUCUGAGAUUGGAGCAGUAGCCAAGAAGAACGGUUGGCCCCUGGAGGUUAAAGUUGGUCUGAUCGGCAGCUGCACCAACUCCAGCUACGAGGACAUGGGCAGAGCCGCCUCUCUGGCCAAGCAGGCGCUGGAUAAAGGUCUGAAGUGUAAGGCCCAGUUCACUGUCACUCCUGGCUCUGAGCAGAUUCGCGCCACUAUUCAGCGAGAUGGAUAUGCCAAGGUUCUGAGUGAUGUUGGUGGAGUGGUACUCGCCAACGCUUGUGGACCCUGCAUUGGACAGUGGGACAGGAAGGACGUGAAGAAGGGAGAGAAGAAUACAAUCGUCACAUCCUUCAACAGGAACUUCACUGCUAGGAAUGACGCCAACCCAGCCACUCACGCCUUUGUCACCUCCCCUGAGAUCGUUACUGCUCUGGCUCUCGCCGGGACGCUCAACUUUAACCCUGAGACGGACUACCUGACUGCUCCUAGUGGAGAGAAGUUCAAACUGAAACCCCCCACCGGGGAUGAGCUCCCCUCCAGGGACUUUGACCCAGGCCAGGACACCUACCAGCACCCCCCGGCCGACGGCAGCUCCGUUCAGGUGGAUGUGAAUCCGUCCAGCAACCGUCUUCAGCUGCUGGAGCCCUUUGAUAAGUGGCACGGGAAAGACCUGGAGGACAUGAGGAUCCUCAUCAAGGUGAAGGGGAAGUGCACCACCGACCACAUCAGUGCUGCUGGACCCUGGCUGAAGUUCCGUGGCCACCUAGACAACAUCUCCAAUAACUUGCUGAUCGGUGCGGUCAACAUUGAGAACGACGCUGUGAACAAAGUGAAGAACCAGCUGACGGCCGAGUACGGAGGAGUCCCUGAUGUGGCCCGACACUACAAGGCCAGUGGAGAGAACUGGGUGGUGGUUGGAGAUGAGAACUACGGAGAAGGGUCCAGCAGAGAGCACGCCGCUCUGGAGCCGCGUCACCUGGGCGGACGAGCCAUCAUCGUUAAGAGCUUCGCCAGAAUCCACGAGACCAACCUGAAGAAGCAGGGCCUGCUGCCUCUGACAUUCUCUGACCCUCAGGACUACGACAGAAUUCGCCCCGAUGAUAAGAUUUCAAUCACCGGGCUGAAAUCCUUCGCUCCUGGCAAGCCCCUGACGGCAGUAAUCAAACACAGUGACGGCAGCCAGGACUCCAUCUCUCUGAACCACACCUUCAACGAGACGCAGAUCGAGUGGUUCAGGGCCGGAUCCGCCCUCAACCGGAUGAAGGAGCUGCAGUGAACGGCGGUUCUGUGGGGGCAGAACGCUGGGAUGAAGAAGGAACACACUCACACCCACGCUCGAUGUCGCUGUACAGAUGAAAAGCGCACACAUACACACAGGCUUACUGUAGAAACACUCCGUCCACAGGCACAUAACCCACCUCAGUGUGUCUGUCACGCCUCAGAUGUAAAACAUGUCAUGUACUUUGUGAAUUGUGAAUUGUAGCACAGAUGCUCAUUGUUGCUCUUUUGUUUUCCAUCAGAAUCUCAUUUUUGCCACUAAACAUCAAACAAGCAUUAUUCAUCUUUACUGUAAAGGAAACCAAUCCGGUUCCGACCCUGUAGAUCCAACUUGUUUUUAAAAUCGUAAUCUAUCUCCAGACAUUUCUCCAUCAAACCUCUUUUAACAUGGUUCCAUCCUAACAGCUCAAUAAGCUCAGGUGAAUGUACCGUUCCUCCUUUUUAAAUACAGCACACACACCAAAUGGCGUUAACCUCCGCUUCUCCAGCUCAGAGGCGUUUUGCCCCUUAUCACAGUAACAAACCCACACAUGACUCCUUCUGCACUCCCUGCUCUCGCUAUAAGAACCUUCCUGUAUGACGCAGUUAGUCGUAGCUUUGCUGUUUUCCUGUGUGUGUGUGUGUGUGUGUGUGUGUGUGUGUGUGUGUGUGUGUGUGUGUGUGUGUGUGUGUGUGUGUGUGUGUGUGUGUGUGUGUGUGUGUGUGUGUGUGUGUGUGUGUGUGUGUGUGUGUGUGUGUGAGAGAGAGAGAGAGACAGAGAACGAGAACGAGAACGAGAACGAGAACGUUUCAUCAGAGUAACAUCUGUGUUUGCAGCUCUCUGCCCCUCUUGGCUUGUCUCCUUUUGUAUUCACCAGGCUUCCUCAUGCAGCACAAACCACAACCUGCUGUUAGUCAAACAGUCCAGGCAGUAGAGCUCUGCCUUGUCUUGUCCCAGUAGAAACCUCUAGAGCUCAGCACAUAAUCCUGUUCAGUUUAUGCUCUGUUGCCACGUGAAGCUGUAAGGACACAUGACGGUCCAGUGUUUGUCUUCUUACACAAACUAACGCACAAUCUAGUGUACAGACGUCUGGACACUAGAUUGCUCUCACUAGCUACAGUGAGAACCGUAGUGGUGGUGAGCUUUGCCAUGCCACAGAGCGCGGUGUGUUUCUGUAGAUACGAAUUGUGAUUUUGAUUAUUAAUACACACGUUCUCAGACAGAUGAAAGAUUUGGAUCCAGUGUUGUUGUGUUGCUAAGCUGAGUGGGAUCCAGCCUCACCCUCACAUGCACUAUGUCUACCCACUGUUUGGAGUCGUUGCUGCUGUGUUUUCUGUGAGCGCGCCGGGUCCUGGUCCUCUGGGUCAUUUAAGAACCCGUCGCUCCUAAUGCUGCUGCCACAGAGGUAAAUCUGUUUGUAAGGGAGACCAGUGUGUGCUUCAAGUCUUUGAAAGAGUCACUGAGUUUGGAUCCAUGUGCAGAUAAUGUGAUACUUUGUGAAGGGGUGUGUAAAUAAAAGUCAAUAUAUGGAUGUAGAUACACAGAUCAAAUGCUGCAUGCUGCCGGAGGACCGGACAGCGGUUCAGUUUGACCUCCUGUAACAUAACGUCGUGAUAUCGCUCCUCUGUGGUCUUAGGGAAACUAAAUCUCCACUUUCAGUUUGGACCAGCUGACACAUGGAUCCAGGCUAAAAUUAAACCCGGACGCUGAACUGUGUCUGUCUGGGAGCCAGAAACAGCUGCUGAUUGUAGGAAGGCUGCUGCUGUGAAGCUUUUUCAUUUUUUUUGCUGUGUUGCAUUCAUUUCAGGAGACAGAGACAAUUUGAGAAAGCAGCCGUCUACCUAGAAUAUAAAUGAUUCCAUACAGAGCUGCCGACACUUUAAGAAUCAUCACAAACUGUUUUGCUCCCUCAUGAAGGUCAUCACUCUCUCGUUGAAGAGAAUCGUAUUUGCUGCCAAAGAUGCCUGAAGAAAUUCAUCAUUAUGUAGAGACGUUGGUUAAAAUCUCCCAGUUCCACAGUUUUGAUAAUCAUUUGAUUUUGCACAGAUCAUUUUAUUCCGUGGAUCAACUACAUCAUAAUUUACAUUCUUUCUGCACAUUAUAAGCAUUAAAUCUGCUUGUGAAACAGAUGGAACUGACGGAAGCUAAAGCGUGGGUCUUCUUAGGUUCAGGUCUUUGAGUUCCUGAUGCUGGUGUUGUGGUUUUUACUCCAGGCUUCCCUACGACCAGUCCUUCAUUUGUUCAGACACAGCUUUUAAAAGUCGUUAUACAGAUCAUUCCGCUCACACUCCUGUUUCAGAAUGCAGCUUGAUUUUUGGUUUUGGUUUUUUGAAAUGUCUGCAGUUUUGUAGCUUUGGAGAUUAAUCAAUAUCAUAUAAAAAUGGUUAUAUGAGAAUAUAUAUAAUAAGAUUAAUAAAGAUAAUACAAUUCUGAA